AUGUGGUCACUGGUCACGCUGCCAGUUAUCCAAAUUGGGAUCAUGCACAUGCCCUACACAUGGCCUGCUCAGUUAGAGGCUGAGGCGCAGGGCAAUGAACCCCAGCUCAAAGCCCAAUUGCUUGAAAUAGUAAUCUUGCUGGUCACUUAUUUCGAUCCCGUAGAGUUGAAGCAAUUCAUUUACCUAUCCAGUACCUUCCUGUUCUUUUGGUGUUUUAUUUUCGCUAAACCUGCACUAGAGCGUAUCAGGGUGGGAGAGGGUGUCGGACGGAGGGCUGCGGAGGCUAUUGACGUGCGCGGAUGCCGAUAUACGGCGGAAGGGUCGACACAACUGACUGAUACAGUUCACAAAAUUGUAAAAGCUAUGGAGCAUGCAAAUCUGCGAGUAGUUCUAUUAAAAAAUCUUGCAGUGAGUGGUGUGGAUUACACAAUUAAGCUUCUUCAACCAAUGCCCCUUCCUUUGGAUGAAACGGAGGAUGACUUCAUUCAUCGUAUUGAAAAACGCAAAGCUGAUGCGGCUGAGUUGAUGAGGCUAAAUCUCGCGAUGACACAACAGGUGGUGGAGAGCAGCGUUUCUCUACGUCAACAGCUUGCAAGUUUUCGAAUUGGACGAAUGGCGCGUCUCUUUCUGCUACAAUUGGCUGAAAGACAAACUGGAAGUGUUUCAACAACAGCAACUGCGCAAAAUGCAAGUAACGUUGAUCGCGACCGUGGAGAUGAUGAUGACGAUGAUGAUGCAGAUGACAGUGACGACAGUGAUGACCGAGAUUCACCUGAUUGA